UAAUGAGGCAAUAAAACUGAACGUAUUCGUUUGAAAUUUCAAGCACAUUAUUUUAUUUGAUACAGUGCAUGGUAUAAUUACUAUACUUAUUAAUGAUAUAAAUAAGGGAAGCAGUUGGCUACAUGUCUUUGAUACUGCGCGUCGUACUGUAAAACGACGACAGAAACUCAUUCGUUAUAGAAGCCUUGGGUCUGCAAUUUUUAAAUAUAAAGACGAGUUUUUUCAGCGCGCCCUCCCCGCCGCCGCCGCCAUGUCGCCGCUCGCCCGCUCGCUGCUCGCGCUCGCCGCGCUGCUCGCCGCCGCCGACUCCCAGUACGAUUGUGCCAAUACAACUGGAGGUGUUAUAACCGAAGUUUCAUACAAAUUCAACAGCCCAUUUUAUGUACCGUACGGUGUGUAUGGCCAAGUGCAUAUUCCGGAUGUUUGUUUUCAAAUAUUCAAAAGAGCACUGAUGCAUAGUGGGGAGGAGGUGCGUGCGUGCAACAUUGAACCAGGGCAUCCUCCGCCGAAGAUCGGGUUCAUCAUGUGGCCCUACGGGCCGUUGGAACCUGUGUCUAUCGAUUCGUGUGAAGAUCCUAAUGGCUGUAUGGUUUACAUCACUGAGUACUGCACCUUGCCACAUCCACCACCACCUCACCAAUUCCGGUGAAUAAAGAAUAUCGUGCAUAAUUAUCAAUAAUAUAAAAAAGCAAUAGCUCUUUUAUUUCUGUACCAUAUCCAACUUUCUCAUUGUGACAAUAUUUAUGAAAUUCCUAAUUUUUCAUUACUCAAAUUUUACAUUUACAUAUAUUAAUCAAUUAAAUUGUCAAAUAAUAUAAAUGUAAUACAAUUAAAAUAAAACCCUUUAUUCCAGCCUUUUACAGUUUAUUAUAUAUUAUUUAGGUACAUAUGUAGUUAUUAUAGUUAUCGUUGUUUAAUUUUUAUGGUCAUACAAUUAAGAUAAAAAAGAUAAAAGAUAAAAAAUAGUUUAUUCAAGUAGGCAUAUUACGAGUACAAUGCGCUUAUGAACGGAUACUAAAGCUAUACCAGCUCCAACCCUACACCUCUGCCUCGAGAAGAUUUAAAUGCCCCCUCAAUUUGAGGAGGGUAUCCCAAUAUGAGACCGGUAACAAACUCGGCGGGACACAUCUUUUCAAAACAUUAUUACAUCUUUCAAAAAACAUAUCAAAUUCUUACAAAAGGAAAAGAAAAUAAAGUCAAUAAAAGAAAUGAGAAUACAUAGUUAAGUAAUUUCAUUUUACAACAUAAUUUUGUAUUUAACGAGUAUGAAAUACACCCUUUAGGUGCGUGCGUGCGUGUCUGAUAAGGUGGAACGAAAUUAACAUUUUUUAAACAUAGCUAUUAAAUAGUAUGUCUCAUUUUUUAUAAUUUAAAGAAAAAAUAAUCGAACGAGCGAGCGAAGCGAAGCGAAGCGAAUUAUGGACUGAAAAAAUCCGAACUUAAAAAUGAUGGGAACCAAUAAAGACCCUUUAAAAUAUAUACUUACACACAUUUUUUCAAAACAACACUUCUUCUCUUUACUUUACAAAGGUAAGCUUCUAAUCACACGUAAGAAAUCAAAAUAACACUUGGAAUAAAACACUUAGCUAAAUGGUUAAAGAACGUUAGAUUCUAUAAGCUUUCAGAAUAAUCCUUCAGGUAUAAGCCUUCAGGAACGUGGCGAAUUAGACACGAGGUUGGCUAACGUCCGAUCUCUAGCGCGGCUCGAUCCAUUCUGCUUUAGGAGCCUCCCCGCUCCCGCCUUUAAGUCAAGUAGGCAAACCUGCUCGACCGGUCUACCAAGUACCAACAUAACGACAAAACUGCCAACUCGUGCCUACGUUCACCCAAGAGAAACCUCUUGACGUUCCAAAGCCUUCUACCUGUCAUCUUAGUUCAACAACACGCCAAUAGAUGGCGCCACUCUUUACGCUACUCUAUUAUUCCGUUACAACCAAGUAAUACGUAGCCAAACAUUGUUAAUCGACUUUCUACAGGCGUCUAAAACUGAACUAUAACGCUGCAAUACGUCCUCCUGGAUUCACGCUCCGACAAGUGUAAAUAAGACCUAGCUCGAUAAUACCGCGUAAUAUUAAUCCAUCACCAAGAAAUACAUAAGUACCUACUAUGCCAAAUAUGCUAAAUGCUAAGUAUCAAAAUAUUUAUAGAGCACCAACCUCAUAAUUUGUUUACAUUUGUUUAGGAGC